GGUAAAAAGCGCGCAUUGGAACAGGAGAAAGAAAAUGUUCCUCCAAGAAAGAAAUUCCGUUGCUCUACCUGCGAUAAGGAGUUCACACGAUCGGACAACUUAAGGCGCCAUGAGAAAAGUCACCAGGCAGUGGAAAAGAAGUUUGAAUGUUCAUAUUGUCAAAAGAAGUUUAAUUCCAAGUUUAAUAAAACCAGGCAUGAGCGAGAAGUCCACGAUAGGGAUGUCGAAUGUGAUAAACGUGUUUUCAACAAGCAURUUCAGACUGCACACAAGAAAAGAAAGCUUCAGGAAAGUAAUUUAGAUCAAGCAACUGAAAAAACAACCCCCAAAAGACAGAAAAARCUUCCUUCAAGAGCUCCUUUUCCUGUUCAUGAAGAUCCUCGUGAUAUGGAUGUCCUGCCAGUAGAAACUCGAGGUGAUUCCGAAGUCUACCGACAGAACUGGAACCAUAUCCGAACCCGAUUCAGUCGUGGAAAUCGGCUUGCCGAUACCUAUAACUUUCGCCUCUACUCUCUUCGUCCUGAUGAGCUGUUACACCACUUAGAUGAUAUUUUCAACGACCAGAAUUCAGUCUUCAAAAUCAAUGUUGCCUUUGGAUUCAUUUURAGAAACAACGAAACCAACGAACUUCAGUACUACUACACUUCAAGAAACAACAACCAAGUGUUUGAUCAACCCUUUAUUAUUGCCACAAGAGCCGAUUUGGAAAACAUACGCGAGGCUUUAAAGAAUCUUGAUGUUCUCAGCUGGGCCCAACAGCUUCGACCCAACUCCAAGUGGAUUGUAGACUUGAUCACCAACAUGACGUUCUUCGUCACCAAACUUCGAGGGCAUCCCAUUGGAAGAGGUCGAUUCUUACCCCACUACAUUGUAGAAAAUCGAGGAAUCGUUCCUUUAGAUUGGAAUCGUCAAACGGGGAGACAAUAUGAAGAUAAUUUGUGCUUCUUUCGAGCAUUGGCACUCCUUCGUGGCUUUCACACCAAGAAUUUGGAAACAGAAACCAAGAAAUGUUUUCAAAGAUUUUGUCCUGGUCAGUCAUGCAGUGAGUUUGAAGGCGUCACGCUCGAUGAACUGCCGCAGCUGGAAAACUUAUUUGAAAUCAACAUUUUUGUUUAUUCCUUGGAACCUUUGGARAAUGGCAAGACRGUAGCCCAUCCUGUUCAUCGUUCCUGUGAGAAAUAUGGUACCAACCUCUACCUCAACUUACACAAGAACCAUUUCUCUUUCAUCAAAAGUAUGCCCAAGUAUUCCAAAUCGUUUGCCUGUUCUCGCUGUGGAAAGCUCUGGAAGCAUGUUGGUAUGUUGCACAGACAUGAGCGAACCUGCGAAGCCAAAGUUCGUUACAAGUUUCCCGGUGGAGUGUUCAAAAACCCCAAAACCAUCUUCGAGCUGCUAAAAGAAGAAGGCAUCACCAUCGAAGAACAUUUAAAAUUCUUCCCGUUCCAUGCCACCUUUGACUUUGAAUGCCUCUUUGACAAGGAAAGUCUACCCAGCGACAGUGCCAAAGUUCACUGGGAAGCCAAACAUGUUCCUCUGAGCGUCAGGUUUCAAGAAAGUGUUAUUGAAGAACUGAAGAGUCAGACAAAUUCAUAUUUUGAUGUACAAAGGUACAUCACUCUGCUCUUUGAUGAGAUGAAGAUUUUGUCAAAUCUUGUUUUUGAUAAGGUUACAGGAGAGCUGAUUGGUUAUGUUGACCUGGGUGAUCCAGAUGUGAAUUUUGCAACUCUCAACAAAGCASAUGAAAUUGCCACUCAUGCMUUGGUAUUCUUAGUCCGGGGCAUGUGUACUAACUUAAAGUUCAGCCUGGCCUACUUUUCCACUACUGGAAUAACCUCAUUCCAGCUGAUGCCUCUAUUCUGGGAAGCUAUCUCUAUUCUUGAAACAAACUGCAAUCUAUGGGUGAUUGCAGCUACAUCUGAUGGUGCAUCACCAAACCGCUGCUUCUAUAGGAUGCACAAGGCCCUUGAUGGUGGAGCUGAUAAAGAUGUAUGUUAUCGCACAGUUAACCUYUAUGCRCCUCAUAGAUACAUCUACUUUUUCUCUGAUGCGCCUCAUCUAAUAAAGACUACUAGAAACUGCUUGUAUCACUCAGGAUCUGGAUCAUGUACACGUUACAUGUGGAAUGAUGGGCACUACCUACUGUGGCAGCACAUAGUCCAGUUAUUCCAUCAAGAUAUUGAAAGUGGUCUAAAGCUGUUACCUAGAAUAACGUUUGAUCACAUCAAACUUACUGCAUACUCUACCAUGCGUGUUAAUCUUGCAGCUCAGGUAUUGAGUGCUACAGUAUCAACUGUUUUGAAGGCCUUUGGAACCCCUGAUACAGCAGGAACAGCAAAGUUGUGCCAAAUGAUCGACUCCUUCUUCGAUUGCCUAAACGUAAGAAGUACACAAGAGCAUCAAAGGAAGCGGAAACCUUUCUUGGCUCCCUAUACUUCAGCUGAAGAUCCAAGAUUUACCUGGUUGGAAAGGGAGUUUCUACCAUACCUGAGGGACUGGAAACAGAGUACCAUCAACCGACCAGGUAACUUUACCACAAAUGCCAGAAGUCGGAUGUUUCUSAGUUGGCAGACCUAUGAAGGAAUCCAAAUUUCAACAUAUUCUGCCAUUGAAGCAACAAAGUUCCUUCUGAACGAGGGAAUGGAAUACGUCUUGACAGAGAGAUUCUGUCAAGAUCCAAUAGAAGAGUAYUUCGGCAACCAGAGGAAAAUUGGCAGGAGAAGUGACAACCCAGAUCUCAAGAUGUUUGGAUAUAAUGAYAAUACAAUUCGMAUACAGAGAAGUGUUUCUUGUCAGUCUGGGAAUACCAGGGGGCGAAAAGACAAGACGAAAGCUUGGGUUGAAAUUACCAAUGAAACUGUACCAAAGAGAAAAAAGAGAAAAUAGAAAAAUCUUAAUAACAAUAACAUUGGACACUGUSGAUUUGA